GCCUGCACACGCUGCUCAGCUGAAUGAGGGAGAACGACUGAACCAUUCGUCAGAGCACAAAGCAGCACCAGAACCCCCAGCACACCAGAGGAGAAGGAUCCCAACAGGUUCUGACCCCCAGCUCCCAGAAGAGGAUGUGCAGAUAUCGCUGCUGGAGUCCAAUACUUCCACACCCGCUAUGGGAGAAGGAGACCAACAGGAAACAUUUUUAGAGCACCAAGCAGCACCGGAGCCUCUUGGGCAGAGUGGAGGACUCCAAUGGGGUUCCUCGUGCCAUGGGAUGGGAAGAAGGACAUCCUGUGUGCAGCUCACUGCCGUGCAUGCAGCGCUGGGAGCACUCAUCCUCGUGCUGGUGGUGAUAUUGACCGUGUGUUGGCGGGCCCCCAUCCCACCUUUCCCAGGCUUUGCCCACGUGUGCCCCAACGCCUGGGUCGGAUUCCAGGGGAAAUGCUGUUAUUUUUUGAAGGGGGAGAAUGAUUGGAACAGCAGCAGGGAGCACUGCAAUGCCCACGGAGCUUCCCUGGCCACCAUAGGCAGUGAAGAUGAGAUGGAUUUCAUGAUGCGCUUCCAGGGCCCGGCAAACUGUUGGAUCGGGCUGCACAGGGAAGAAGAGGACGCCCAGUGGACAUGGAGCGAUGGCACAGCCUUCACCAACUGGUUUGAGCUGAGAGGUGGAGGCCGAUGUGCGUACCUGAACGGGGACAGGAUCAGCUCAUCCCUGUGCCACCUACACAAGCACUGGGUCUGCAGCAGAGCUGACCACUACGUCCUCUGGAAGCAAAAGGCGCACCCACAAUGAGAGACCCCACCACCAUGUCAGGACCCGGUCAGACAUGUGUGAGAGGUACACUGUGUUUUUGCAGUGGAAAUUUCCAGUAUCUCUGUAUGUAGUGUAGGUGAAGUUGCUUUUCACAGAGAAAGCUGCUGAACAGAGUAAAGUUGAGACUGGGGCAUUCCCUCCUGGGUAGAAUUGGCACAGGCACCAGGUAAGGAAAUUCUAUAGGGUAGGGGAGAGCCUAGCACAGGACAGAAGGAGUGUGCAGACUGUUGGAAAUGUUGUCCUCCUGUCUCCCUAAAAGGUACAGAACAUACCCAAAGACAAUGGGUUGCUAACAGACAUUGUAUGGAAACAUAAUGGAGCAACAGCUUCGGACCAUUGUGAGCCUGAGAUGCUCAACCAAUGAGUGCCAGGAGAGGCUUUGCCUGUGUUGGACCCAGGGGAGAAAACGGAGUGGAUUUCACUGAUCAGAGAUCUCGGCCUGAUUCGAAAUUGUAGACCUGGAGCGUGUUUCUCACAAAGCUGCAAACAUCAGCCCGAGCUCCAAGGUGGGCGAGGAGGGCCCAGGGAGCAAAGGGCUUCACCGUGGUGCUGGGCAUAAGAGACAUAACACUGCUUUCUGUGUGCGCUGCUGUAUGCGGGACAGCCGGCAUUGCAGUGGUGAAUAAAACCUGCUUUGAUCAGA